AUUAAAAUGGACGAUUUGAUCAAAGAAAUGGAUGAUACUAAUUCUGAUACUUCUAUAGUUGAUUUAAAUUUUGCCUCAGAUGACGAAGAAAUUAUCGAUUAAAAGGUUUAGCCCAUUUUAGAAACUUAGGACAUUGUAGAAAUUUUUGCACAAGAAAAAUAGUAGGUUCAAAAGAAAGCUUAAAUUGAUUUAAGUUAGGAAAAUCAUAAUGAAUUUAACAAUAUUGAAAAAUAGGAAGAAGAAAAUGUUAUUUCUUUACCAGUAUAACAAAUUCAAUUAAAGCCAAAACAAGUUAAAAGAAAACAACCACGUGAAUGCAAUUUACAAUAAGGAUAUCAAAUUUUAAAGAUCCUUGGAAAUUAUACUCUUCUUUCUUACAAAAAUGUGUAAUAAAAAAAAGAUUAAGCAUUAUUGAAAAUGACAAAUUUUAUAAUCUCAUAAGUUUAAAAGAUGAAAAGAUGAAAAGAUUAUGAUUUGUUUUAUAUACUUAAUAAAAUUCAUUAUUGAUUUAGAUC